AUGAAUGGCUACCCAUAUCCCACCCGGCCCUUCAACCCGGCCGCCAAUGGGAACAUGAUGAUGAAUAUGAAUGGGGACGGCAUGAACGGCUUCAACAUGGUCGAGGGCCAGUCGCUGGACUCCAUCGUCGCGCAGAACGACAAGGACAACCGCCGCCGGAGUAUGCCCGUAUACGCUAGAGGGCCCCAACAACAGCAGCAGCAACAACAACAAAUGAACCUGGGCAGCCCCGACACGCGCAGGCUGAGCAUGAUGAAUUUCGGUGAUCCCAAUGGCGGAGACAUGGACGAUUUCCAAUUCGACAUGUCAACCGCUGCCAUGGACAACAUGAUGCGCAACAACACCGCUUUUCCGCGCACCACGGCCGACAUCCAGAAUGACCAAAUGCCGGCUGCCGACCUCAACAUCAACACACAGUUCCAAGGCCAGGCUUCUCCCUUUCCGACCAUGGGCGGUCCUGGCUCUGCCUACGCCUCGCCCAUGCACCAGAAGAACUCCCUCGACCUGGACAUGGGAUCGUAUCAGAACGGCAUGAACAUGCCCUUGGACAUGGACGAUUCGAUGGCCAUGACACCCAUGGACAUGAACAUGUUCCCAGGCAGCCAAUUUAACACACCCAUGCUGGACUCGCCCAUCCAGCAGGACUUUGUAGGACCAGUGCCCGCUGCUCCCCAAGGAGACAAUACUCCGUCAGGGCAGACCCAAGACCAGUUCAAACGUCCGUCCCUAAACAAUACACCAGAAGUCAAGUCCGGCAGAUCCAGCUUCCUCAGUCGGUCGACCAGCCAGGACCAGUCCAGCAUGCGGUCCCACUCCCGGCCCCAAAGUGAACACCAUUCUUCCAACAGUGUUCCAACGCGCAUGACCCUGGCCUCACUGCAGAACCAACAACCCGUCGCACAGGACCCUGCUCAAGAUCUGUCUAAAGAGGUCAUGAAGAAGCAACUCGCAGACUUCAAGAUUCCGUGGCAGGCGCCCACCGGCGGGUUCCCGUCAACCAAAGCGAACAACCCACACAUGAAGACGCAGUUCAAAAAUGCGUACUCGUCGACCGGAUUUGACAUGCUCGGAGUGCUGAUGCGCGUAGCUACUCGACCUGAACCCCAGAUCGACAUCGGCUCCGUUGAUCUUUCGUGCGCUUUCGUCGUUUGCGAUGCCGAGCUGGACGACAUUCCCAUUGUUUACUGCUCUGAGAACUUCGAACGACUGACCGGCUACACGAGACAUAUGAUCCUCGGGCGGAAUUGCCGUUUCUUACAAGCACCUGACGGCAAGGUAGAAUCGGGUAUCAAACGCAACUACGUUGACGAUGAUUCGGUAUACUAUCUCAAGAACAUGAUCGAGAGUCGUGCCGAGGCGCAGAUCAGCUUGAUCAAUUACCGAAGAGGCGGCCAGCCGUUCAUGAACCUGCUCACUAUGAUCCCUAUCGCUUGGGAGCCUGGCGGCAAGAUGAAAUUCUUCGUUGGUUUCCAGGUCGAUCUAGUCGAGCAGCCUGGAGCCAUGACGAACAAGAACUCAGACGGUUCGUACCGAGUCAACUACCAACGCGGAAUGUCGAUGCCCAGUUACGUUUUCAGCGACCACCACAAGCCACAAGCAGCCGAGCAAGGUCAGACCAUCUCCAAGGAUGAGGUGUCCAACGUGCUCGCUGCAUACAGCGGUAGCGGUGACUCGGAGAUGACCAGACGUAUCUGGGACAAGGUCCUGCUUGAGAACAGCGACGACGUCGUCCAUGUCUUGUCGCUGAAGGGACUCUUCUUAUACCUGUCACCGGCCAGCAACAGGAUACUAGAGUACGACCCAAGUGAGCUUGUUGGGACUGCCCUGUCUUCUGUCUGCCAUCCUAGCGACAUCGUCCCGGUUACACGAGAGUUAAAGGAAACCACAAACGGCGCAUCGGUCAAUGUCGUGUUUAGGAUACGGCGAAAGAAGAGCGGCUACAUGUGGUUCGAAGGUCACGGUUCCCUUCACACGGAGCAAGGCAAGGGCCGGAAAUGCAUCAUCCUUGUGGGUCGCGAGCGCCCAGUCUAUACUCUCAGCAAGGCUAUCGUACGCGAAUCCGGAGGCGUUGGUGACAACGAACUUUGGACCAAAAUGUCUACGUCAGGCAUGUUCUUGUACGUCUCGUCCAACGUACGUCAGUUACUCGACAAGCAACCCGAGGAGCUUGUGGGCACAAGCAUACAAUCUCUUAUGCGCCAAGAGUCUAAGAUCCAGUUCGGCCGUAUCCUUGAGCUUGCCAGAGGUGGCAGGAAAGGUGAAGUCAAGCACGAAAUGAUCAACAAGCGUGGCCAGGUCCUUCAGGCUUUCACAACCAUCUACCCCGGAGAUGCAAUCGAGGGCCAGAAACCCACCUUUGUCGUUGGUCAAACGCGACUUCUCAAGUAUUCGCGAAAUAGCAAUGCUGGCCGCCCAUCGAUGUACACGAACACCAAGCAUGAACGCGACUCUCAUAACUCUGUACACACGCAGAUGUCAGGAGCAGCAUCGCCCGCCGCAGGAUCUCUGACCGGCCACACCGGGUCAAAUACGCCAAACACAUCAAACACAAAUCCUCUUUUCAUCACUACCGAGGAAUCGCCUGCGACGUUUGCUGGCCACAACGGUCUACAGCUUGGACACCAGGAUCAAAGUCUUGCUUCAGACGAUAACGUGUUCGACGAACUGAAGACGACACGAAGCACAAGCUGGCAAUACGAGCUCCGACAAAUGGAAAAGCGAAACCGAUACCUGGCCGAAGAGGUUCAGAGCUUAUUGGCAGCCAAAAAGAAGAGGAAGCGCAGAAAGGGCGCAGGUCAGAUGCAGAAGGACUGUGCGAAUUGCCAUACAAGAACAACACCCGAGUGGCGGCGAGGUCCAUCGGGCAACCGCGACUUGUGCAACUCGUGCGGACUACGGUGGGCUAAACAGCAAGGACGAGUGUCACCUAGAACGUCGUCUGCGGCCAGUGACAAGAGCAAAAAGAGUGCUUCGCCACGCCACUUUCCUACAAGCCACUCAAGUCAUCAGACUAUUCUUCCUCAUGCGAAGACGGAGAGCGGACAACAGUCUACUAUCCCUUCGCCAAUGGCCACUUCCACCAAACGUUCGCCGCAACAAGGUAGCAUCAGCGAGUCGCAUGCUGCAAAGGCGCCACGUAUAGAAGUUGCUGCUUCACAGGGCUUCAUUCCCCCACCGUCGAUCGAUGAAGUGACGGAGCCGGAAUCAUAA